AUGUCAACAACGUCGGUCACAAGCAAUAAUCUGCAGAAGAUGCGGCUUCAGGGGCGCAGCCUCGUUAGAGGUGCGGCGUCUGGCAAAUUACUUUGGGCUGAUGUCGGCCUUAGUUUCUGGGGUGGUGUUGAUCCCCUCACUGGAAUGAUCGUGGAUCACCACCACCCUCUAAUGGGCGAGUGUAUGGCAGGUCGAAUUCUAGCCAUACCAUCAGGCCGAGGGUCAUGCACGGGCAGUGGGAUCAUCUUGGAGCUCUUGAUGAGAGGGUACGGACCAGCAGCAUUAGUGUUUCAGCACCAGGAGGAGAUCUUGUCCUUGGGCGUCAUUGUUGCGUCGAGAAUGUUCAAUCUCUCGAUCCCAGUCCUCUUGCUGUCUCCAAAUGAUUUCGCAUCGCUGAGGGAAUGGAAGACCGCAUGCGUGAAAAACAACAUUGUCUCCAGAGCCGACCUCACCUCAAGCAUUGAGCCUGAACUUCCGGCGCACGAGAAGAAUCUCCCAACGGUGAGCCUGAGCUCAAAGGAUCAGGAUAUGCUCGUUGGAAAGCACGGCCCGGCAGCGAAAUCAGCGUUUGAGAUUCUACUCAAAUUUGCCGAGCUGCAAGGCGCCUCUCAAUUCAUCGAUGUUUCACAGGCUCAUAUCGACGCUUGCAUAUACACUGGCCCAAGUGGUGUCUUAUUCGUACAAAAGCUACUCGACCUUGGGGCCAAAUUUACUAUUACCACAACCCUCAAUUCAAUCUCCAUCGACCGUCGUCGCUGGCAGGAGAUGGGCAUGGACCCUACAGUCUCCGCAGAGGCUGAAAGGCUUGCUGAUGCGUAUAUGGCGAUGGGAGCUUGUAUGAGCUUCACUUGCGCUCCCUACCUACGAGACAAAAUCCCCGAGAUGGGAGAGAACAUUGGUUGGGCAGAAUCAAACGCUGUGGUGUAUGCAAAUAGCGUACUCGGCGCCAGAACACAGAAGUAUCCUGACUUCCUUGAUGUCUGCAUCGCCUUGACAGGACGUGCACCUCUGUCAGGAUGUCAUGUCGAGGAGAAUCGAAAACCGUCUCUCGUUCUUCAAGUCCCUCAUAUCGCAGAGGCAGACGACCUAUUCUACCCAGUAGCUGGCUACUUGAUCGGUCAACUAUCUGGACCCAACAUCCCUUUGAUUAUCGGUCUGGAGAAUGCACAUCCGAGUGUGUCAGACCUCAAAGCAUUCGGCGCAGCAUUUGCGACCACUGCUUCAGCGGCGAUGUUCCACAUCCGGGGGGUUACACCGGAAGCCUCAAAAGGCUCGAUGGCGUCUUACCAACUUCAACUUCCACAGCCGAUAGUCCUAUCCAAACAAGACCUCCUCAAAACUUACAAGCAAUUGAACACCGCCAAAUCCGGUACAAUCGACCUCAUCUCCCUUGGAAGCCCACACUUCUCACUAUCCGAAUUCUCGACCUUAACUACCCUCAUCUCUGCGCUUUCACCCAACGCCCCUUCGAGAGCCGUCAUACCCGUCACGAUAACUACAUCACGACAGAUCUAUUCACAAGCCAUGCAUGCUGGAUAUAUCAAGAUUCUUGAAGACUUUGCCGCUACUAUCGUCACAGAUACAUGUUGGUGUAUGUUGACAGAACCUGUAGUACCGAUUGGGUCGAAGACCAUCAUGACGAAUUCGGCCAAGUAUGCGCAUUAUGCUCCUGGUUUGGUGAACAGGUCGGUGGUUUUGGGAGGUUUGAAGGAAUGUGUGGACGUUGCGGUAGGUCGGAUUGAUGUGUUGAUGAGAGAAGUUCCUGAGUGGUUGAAACUGUCUGAGGAUGUGUACGGAUGA